GUGGCAGAGCGGCGGGCCCUUCGCGUGGAGCUACGUGUCGACGCCGGGCUCGGAGCCGCUGCUGGGCCUCUCCGUCGGGCAGGCGGUGGACCGGGCCGAGCGGCGCUUCGGGGACAGGGAGGCCGUCGUGUCGGUCCACCAGGGUGUGAGGAAGACCUUCUCGCAGGUCAAGGAGGAGAGCGACCUCGUGGCCGCAGGAUUCCUGGCGGCAGGACUCGAGCCCGGGGACCGCCUGGGGAUCUGGGGACCCAACAGCUACGAGUGGUACCUCACGCAGUUCGCCGCCGCCAAGGCUGGACUCAUUCUGGUGAACAUCAACCCCGCCUACCGUCCCAAUGAACUCGAAUAUUGCCUCAACAAAGUCGGCGUCAAAGGCAUUGUGUGUGACGAGAAAUUCAAAACGUCAGAUUACUACAAGAUGCUGUGCGCCGUGGCCCCUGAACUGCCUUCCUCUGCGCCGGGCGACCUGAGUAGCGCCGCGCUUCCCUACCUCAAGAAAGUGUUUAUUUGUUCUCGAGACAAGCUGAGUGGCACCUUCAGAUUUGAAGAUCUUUACGGAGCAGGUGAAAGUUCCCAUCGAAAAAGGGUAGAUGAACUGUCCUCUAAAAUCCAGUUUGAUUCAGCCUGUAACAUUCAGUUUACAUCCGGAACGACCGGUUUGCCCAAAGGAGCUGUCUUGUCUCAUCACAUGCUGGUGAACAACGCCUAUUCCAUCGGGAACCGCACCGAAUAUGCAAAAAAGCCUCAUCGCAUAUGUUUUCGGUGCCUAUAUCCCAUUUUUUGGCUGGGGUCGGUGGCCCCCUCUGGGGCCAUGCUAUCCAGUAACAGCUGA